AAGAAGAAGAAGAAGAAGAAGAAGAAGAAGAAGAAGAAAUGGAGACGUAUUUGAAUCAAAAUUUUGGAGAUGUGAAAUCCAAGAAUUCGACAGAUGAGUCACUUCAGCGAUGGAGGAAGCUCUGUGGCUUUGUCAAGAAUCCCAAACGAAGGUUCCGCUUCACGGCUAACCUCUCCAAGCGUUAUGAGGCGCAGGCUAUGCGACGUACCAAUCAGGAGAAGUUGAGAGUUGCAGUUUUGGUUUCAAAAGCUGCACUUCAGUUUAUCCAUGGCAUUACACCAUCCGGUGAAUACACUGUCCCCGGAGAAGUAAAAGCUGCAGGUUUUGAGAUUUGUGCCGAUGAGUUAGGAUCCAUUGUUGAAGGCCAUGAUGUAAAAAAGUUGAAAAUUCAUGGUGGGGUGGAAGGUUUGGCAAACAAGCUUUCCACAUCGACUACUACUGGGCUUACCACUUCUGCAGAUUUGCUCAAAUGCAGACAAAAUAUAUAUGGAAUCAAUAAAUUUACUGAAAGCCAACUAAGAAGUUUCUGGGUGUUUGUAUGGGAAGCCCUUCAGGACAUGACUCUUAUCAUCCUUGCUGUGUGUGCUUUCGUAUCCCUGAUUGUUGGCAUAAUAAUGGAAGGAUGGCCAAAGGGAGCCCAUGAUGGCCUUGGAAUUGUUGCAAGCAUUAUGUUGGUUGUAUUUGUCACUGCAACAAGUGAUUAUCGACAAUCUCUUCAGUUCAGAGAUUUGGACAAUGAGAAGAAGAAGAUUACAGUGCAGGUUACUCGGGAUGGGUACAGGCAGAAGCUUUCAAUAUAUGAUCUACUUCCUGGUGAUAUUGUGCAUCUUGCAAUUGGAGACCAGGUUCCAGCAGAUGGGUUAUUUAUCUCCGGGUUCUCUUUGUUGAUAAAUGAAUCCAGUUUAACUGGAGAGAGUGAACCCGUGGAGGUAACUGCUGAUAAUCCGUUUCUGCUAUCUGGUACCAAGGUCCAAGAUGGGUCGUGCAAGAUGCUGGUUACCACGGUUGGGAUGAGAACCCAAUGGGGGAAAUUGAUGGCUACACUUAGUGAAGGAGGAGAUGAUGAGACCCCAUUGCAGGUUAAACUGAAUGGUGUUGCCACCAUUAUCGGAAAGAUAGGUCUAUUCUUUGCUGUUGUUACCUUUGCAGUCUUGGUACAAGGGCUCCUUGCUCAUAAAUUGAAAGAAGGAAACUAUUGGAGCUGGUCUGGAGAUGAUGCGUUGGAAAUGUUGGAGUACUUUGCAGUUGCAGUUACAAUUGUUGUUGUUGCAGUACCUGAAGGGCUGCCAUUGGCAGUGACUUUGAGCCUUGCCUUUGCCAUGAAGAAGAUGAUGAAUGAUAAGGCACUUGUCCGCCAUCUGGCUGCAUGUGAAACAAUGGGCUCUGCCACAAGCAUCUGUAGUGACAAGACCGGUACACUGACCACUAACCACAUGUCUGUUGUGAAAGCAUGCAUUUGUGGGAAUACUAAAGAAGUGGGCAACUCUGAAGAGGCUUCUAAGUUAUGUUCUGGAAUCCCUGAUGCUGCUGUUAAAAUCCUUCUCCAGUCCAUAUUUACUAAUACUGGGGGAGACGUUGUAGUUAACAAAGAUGGGAAACUUGAGAUUUUGGGAACACCCACCGAGACUGCUCUGUUGGAGUUUGGCUUGUCACUUGGUGGAAAUUUUCAGGGUGAGCGCCAAACAUCAAAAGUAAUAAAAGUUGAGCCAUUUAAUUCUGCGAAGAAAAGAAUGGGGGUUGUGCUAGAGCUUCCUGAAGGUGGUCUCCGGGCCCACUGCAAGGGAGCUUCAGAAAUUAUUCUUGCUGCAUGUGACAGGGUUAUAAAUGCAAAUGGUGAGGUUGUUCCCCUCAAUGAAGCAUCAAUCAACCAUCUCAAGGAUACCAUUGAACAGUUUGCAAGUGAAGCUCUUCGAACUCUAUGCCUUGCUUAUAUGGAAAUGGGAAGCGACUUCUCUGACAAGGAUCCUAUUCCAGUUACCGGGUAUACUUGCAUAGCCAUUGUGGGAAUAAAAGAUCCCGUGCGGCCUGGAGUCAAGGAAUCUGUUGCAAUCUGUAGGUCAGCUGGUAUUACAGUGCGGAUGGUUACCGGUGAUAACAUUAACACUGCUAAAGCAAUUGCCAGAGAAUGUGGCAUUCUGACUGAUGGAGGUAUAGCCAUCGAAGGUCCAGAGUUCAGGGAGAAAAGUCAGGAAGAAUUGUGUAAAAUAAUUCCCAAGAUUCAGGUGAUGGCUCGAUCUUCUCCCAUGGAUAAACAUACCUUGGUGAAGCACUUACGGACCAAUUUUAACGAAGUUGUUGCCGUCACUGGAGAUGGUACAAAUGAUGCUCCAGCACUUCAUGAAGCAGAUAUUGGACUUGCAAUGGGCAUUGCUGGAACUGAGGUGGCAAAAGAGAGUGCUGAUGUCAUAAUUUUGGAUGACAAUUUCUCCACAAUUGUAACUGUGGCCAAAUGGGGGCGUUCUGUUUAUAUAAACAUUCAAAAAUUUGUGCAAUUCCAAUUGACUGUUAAUGUGGUUGCUCUAUUGGUUAAUUUUUUCUCAGCAUGUUUGACAGGAAAUGCCCCUCUCACGGCUGUUCAGCUUCUGUGGGUCAACAUGAUCAUGGAUACACUGGGGGCACUUGCACUAGCCACUGAACCUCCCAAUGAUGAUUUAAUGAAGAGAUCGCCAGUUGGAAGGAAAGGAAAUUUUAUCAGUAAUGUGAUGUGGAGGAAUAUCUUGGGACAAUCCUUGUAUCAGUUUCUCAUAAUAUGUUAUCUUCAGGCAGAAGGAAAAGCAUUGUUUCAUCUUGAGGGACCUGAUUCCGAUCUGAUUCUGAACACACUGAUAUUUAAUUCAUUCGUCUUUUGUCAGGUUUUCAAUGAGAUAAGCUCCAGGGAGAUGGAGAAAAUAAAUGUUUUCAAAGACAUAUCGAAGAAUUAUGUAUUUGUGGCUGUGAUAAGUUGCACUCUGCUCUUUCAGAUCGUAAUCGUUGAGUUUCUUGGUACUUUUGCAAACACUUCGCCGCUCACUUUGUCACAGUGGUUCUUUUGUAUUCUCAUUGGAUUCUUUGGGAUGCCAAUUGCCGCUAUUAUUAAGAUGCUUCCUGUGGGAUCCAAUUGAAAUAAAAACACGAGGAAAUUCCAUCAUUUUUGUAGCGCCAUUCAUUCAUUUAUUUGUUUCAAGCUACUUCGCUUUUGCUAAAUUGUUUUUUUUUUUUUUUUUUCCUUUUGUUUUGUUUUCUUUAAACCUGUUGUCUUUGUAGAGUGUAACUAUUGAUAUAGUUAUUAUCUUGCGUGUUUGUGUACAUGUUUCGGUGGGGUUCUCGUUGAGUCAUUAACAGUCGAUUCAACUUGAAAAUUCAGGAGCAAAACAAUAGUGUGUUUGUGACUCUUCAAUUUUUGAACCAAAGAUAAUAGGCACUCAAUGACUGUCGAUUUGAGUGUUCUCAGCU